AAUGAAAGCAAUACUAGUAUUAUCUAUUUCAUUAAUCACAUUGAACUCUUAAUUUAUAAAGACAUCCACUUUCAAUUUGGUAAGGCCAUGAUUUAAUUAAUCAAAGUGUGAUGCAAGUGUUUACUUAAGACCUGAUAUCUAUUAUGUAUAAGGAAGUGCAUCAACAAACGUAGAGCCCACUUAAGCAGUAGUAACUUUGGAAGUUGAAGUAAAAGAUGAGAAGGCUCAGAAUGCCCUUCAAUAGGCAGCCUAAAUAGCUGACGAUGCUGUCAAGUAAAUAAUAGACUUAAUAGGUUAGAGCUAUCAAAGAGAACUGUAAAGGAGAAUUGAAGAUUCAAACAGCCGAUUUUGCUAUCUCACCACAUAAAGAGUACAGCCAUAGCAAACCUUACUAUGAGACAUUUUCAGGCUUUAAAGUAUUAAAUAAGAUAACAGUAGAAACUCUGAAUACUAGUGAUGUUGGAAAGUAAAGAUAUUGUAUAUAAUUUUAGGAUCAUUGACACAGCAGUGAAAAAUAAGGUAAAUCAAGUUAAUGGGAUACAAUUUGAUGUGAGCAAAGAAGAGAAGAAAAGAUUGAAGGAUGUAUUAGUUGAAUAAGCUAUUGAAGAUGCUAAACAUACAGUAAUAAGUUUAAAUUAUGUUAGGCAAAUAUUGUGUUGAAAGAAUUAAAUAUGAAAAUUGAAUCUAUCAAGUCUGUUCAAAUAAUAGAGAAUUAUAGAUAUGGAGCUAAAACUCAAAUGGAAUAAUAAGUGAGUGUAGGAUUUGUAAUUAGACCAAUAGAUUAAUGAC